AUGCUCAAUAGUAAGGGUUUUGAAUUUAUUAAAUACUUUAAAUCCUAAUUAAUUAAGCUAACCUUGCUAACUAUAUUCUAAUAAGUUCUACCAGAAAAAUGGCACUGCAAUAAGAAAUAAAAUGACCAGAAACCUCUUUUAUAUUAUUUAUAAACAACUAAAUAUUGA